AUGUCUAACGGAGAAGGCAAGAUGUUCCGCUUUCCAACGUUCCGCGACACACCCAACUGUGGCAAUUACUCCACGGCGCAGGCAUCUCUGAAAGACAUUCUUCGACGAGACUCGGAGUCUUCUUCAUCAUCAUCACGUCCCCGACUCGACUCUCCGCCCACCAAGAAACACAGACAGGGAUCAAGUUCGACUUCUCACUCGACGUCAAACUCGUCUACAUCAUCUGAAAGUUCAAGAACGUCUAGUCCGCGAUCAAGUGGUGAUAGCGAUACUUUGAACCUAUCCCGAUCCUCCAAGUUCCCUCCGUUUGACUUUUUCCUCACUACGACGACGACCAAUUCAUCUUCCUCCUCUAGCCGGUAG